AAAAUAGAGAGAGAAAAAAAUAAAAGGAAAAUGAAGGUUUCAGCUCCAUGACUUUGACUUUUCUCCUAUCCUUUCAUUCACCUUCACCUUCACCUUCAUCAUCAUCUCAUUCUUCAUUUUCUGCCACCAUUGCUGAUUGUUGAACUCAAUCCUCUUCACCAUUAAACCAUUUCUCAAGUUCCAUUGUAUUUGGGGCCCAAAUUUGCUUCCUUUUUUUCUCCUUUGCUUAAUCCAUAAGCUCUCAGGUGAGGGCAGAACAAAAAACAGGAAAAAGAUUGUUUUUUUAUCAUUUGUGAUCAAACCCCACAUUAGAAAUUAGUAGAAAAAGAGGAAAAAUCAAGCUAUUGAGGAAAAUUGGGGAUUAGGGUUUUUUUGGUUUUGUCCUAAAGAUGGAAACUUUGGAUGGUAAUUCAGACCAAUACGCCACUGUUUCUUCUAAUUCACCAUCGUCAUCAUCUGGAGGGUUUAAUAGUAGUGAUGAUCACAACAAUGGUAGUGUGUCUUGGUAUGGGAUGAGGUUACCUUCUGUUAACCCUUUACGGUCCCCGCUUUCGUUGUUGUUGGAUUACUCUGGCAUUUUAACCCAAACCCAUGAUUCUGGGUCUGUGAUUGUCAACAAUGGUGUUCCGGCUUCGGAGAUUCGGUCUCAGGUUCAAAUGCAGCCAUUUGAUGAUGCUGUGGGGGGUAGUGCAGGGGAAGUUGCAAUAAGGAUCAUUGGAGCUGGGGAGCAUGAUCAGAAUCAGAUUGGGGAAGUGGGGUUUGAUGGUUGUGAUAAUCUGAUGGGUGAGAGAAGAGGUGCUGGAAUGUCUCCGUUGGACGAUGAUCCUGAGGGUCGUGGUGGAGCUGCGGUUAAUGAGACGGUUCCUUUGGUGUCUUCAUCGGCUUCGUUGGCAGGUAGUGUACAGGGUGAUGGUGAUGCUGCUGGGAAUGGUGCAGAAAGUGACAGCAGGGGUUCAUCAUCCUACCAGAGGUAUGAUAUUCAGCAGGUCGCAAAGUGGAUUGAGCAGAUUCUUCCUUUCUCACUCUUGUUGUUGAUUGUUUUCAUCAGACAGCAUUUACAAGGUUUCUUUGUCACUAUUUGGAUAUCAGCUGUGAUGUUCAAAUCGAAUGAAAUUGUUAAGAAGCAGACAGCUUUAAAGGGAGAUAGGAAAGUGUCUGUACUUGUCGGUAUCUCUUUUGCUUUCAUUCUUCAGGUCACAUGCAUUUACUGGUGGUAUCGAAAUGAUGAUCUCUUAUACCCACUAAUCAUGCUUCCUCCUAGACCUACACCUUUCUGGCAUUCAGUAUUCAUCAUCUUGGUCAAUGAUGUAUUGGUGCGGCAAGCUGCAAUGGUUUUCAAGUGUUUCCUGCUUAUAUAUUACAAAAAUGGCAAAGGUCAUAACUUCCGCCGGCAGGCUCAAAUGUUAACUUUGGUUGAGUACAUGCUGCUGUUGUAUCGUGCCUUAUUGCCAACACUGGUUUGGUACCGGUUUUUCUUGAACAGAGAUUAUGGCAGUCUCUUUUCGUCACUGACUACAGGGCUUUAUUUAACUUUCAAGCUAACAUCUAUCAUUGAGAAGGUCCGAGGCUUCAUUUCUGCCUUCAAAGCAUUGUCAAGAAAGGAUGUUCAUUAUGGGGUUUAUGCUACAAUGGAACAGGUCAAUGCUGCUGGCGACCUAUGUGCUAUAUGCCAGGAAAAGAUGCAUUCCCCAGUCUUGUUGCGCUGUAAACACAUUUUUUGCGAGGAGUGUGUAUCAGAAUGGUUUGAGAGGGAAAGGACUUGCCCACUAUGCAGAGCAUUGGUGAAACCUGCUGAUCUUCGGACCUUUGGAGACGGAUCAACAAGUCUGUUUUUCCAGUUGUUUUAAACACAUGGUCUUUCGGUUGGAUCAUAGUUUUGGGCCACCCUCCGCCUUAAAACUAUCGGGUUUAUUGCUCUAAUUUGAUAAGAUUUUUCAUCCAUCGAUUCUGGGGAAAUAAGAUUGUAGGGAAUCAUCAGGGCAUGGCUUUCGGCUAAGGAUUAAAAGUUAGCGUUCUCUUGUGACGAUGUCACAUGUACAAAGGACUUCACUCAGCUGCCACAUACUAAAAUUUGAGGGAAUUUACUAACCUGAUAUGUUCCACACAUCAGUGUGAUGAACACAAAUUUGUUCAUAACGUUGAAUCAUUUUGAAAUUCAUCUACCUCCCCCAACCCCACCACCCUUUUUCAAAGUAUGUAUAUGUUUCUAUACAGGCUUUUUGCAAAUAUGUCAAAUGAGUUGUUCUUGCACUUGGAAGUGCUGAAAAUUGUUAUUUAUAUAAGAAAUUUGGAUUUGGAUGA